UUGCAUAAUAAUUUCGAUGCACUUUGAAACUAGUUUUCGCGUAGAUUUUGAAUUAGAUAAUCAGUUUUAACUAUUUAUUAAUGCGAAACAAUAAUUAAUAAGCCGUAUUCAUCCAUAGUUUUAAUUAAAAUCGUACGUUUUAUAAGAAAGUGAAGCGUACAAGUUUGUGUUGUACAUAGUGACUCCAUUACGCGCUACCAUGGCGUCGCUUGGUGUUAAUUUUUGCUUCUUUAUGUAAAUAACAACACAUAAAUAAGACAAAAAUGGUUGUAUGUGCGGUGAAACUGUGUAGGAACUACACUGGGAAGAAUAUUAAGACUCCGGAAGGCAUCUCAUUUCAUAGGUUCCCAACCGACGAAGACCAGAAAGAGGAAUGGAUCCGGGCCAUCUGCAGGGAGCCAUCGUGGGCCCCCGGCACGCACUGCAGGGUGUGCUCCGUACACUUUGAGAACUCAGACUUUAAGAUCUCGGAGACCGGUCGAAGGAUCCUACAUAAGGAUGCGGUUCCCACAAAGAACCUGUACAGAGAGGAACGGGUGGAUAACGGGUUCACUUUCAAACUGAAAGGUGUUAAGAAAACUCGGUCAAAAGCAAAAGCAUCAGCAGACAAAGAGAGCGCAUGUCGUGCGUGCCUCGCAGUGCACGGUGGGAUGCUGCCCUUCACGGACGAGUUGACCGUCACCUUCGCGGAGCUCACAGAGAUACAGGUGACGUCAAAAGACAGCCUGCCGAGGCACCUCUGCAGCGUGUGCCACGCGCACCUGCAGAGGCUGGUGGAGUUCAGGUGUCGCUGCCACACCGCGCAGGAGAUGCUCUACGAGGCCACCUUGCAGAACCAUCAGAUAACCCCAGACUUCCUCCGUUCAAUAGAUCGUCGCGCACUCAAUCUGUCUCUCCCACUCUCAAUAAAAAGACUCCCAACCAUAAACAUCACAGAGUUGGGCAUAAAGGAGGAGACCAUAGACUUCAUAGAGGACAACGACAACCACAUGUCAAACAACAUGGAGCUGUCAGAAGUGACAGAUGUCACGCAUGACAGCGAUUUUGACAUAUUCGUCGACAGGCAUGAGAUUUUAACAGAUGACAAUUUGAACUUGAACGAUCAGAAAUUGUUCGAAUCCGGCGUGAAGGUUGAAAGUAAUGAAUUAAUAUUGGACCACAUAGGGAAGACAAGCGUCUACGGCAGCGUAGUGCCUCAAAAUGAGAUUUUUCUUGAAAUCGACUCGGAGCAGUUGUUGAAAAAUGAGAAGAAGAGGAAGUCGGAAUUGAAGAGAAAGAGUAAGAAAAUUAAGAAGGAGAAAGAGGAACAGUUAGUAAAGAAGGACCCCAGAGAGGACAUCCGCAACACUAAGCCCCGCAAAACCGAUGAGGACUACGUCAACUUCGCCAGCAACUACAACGUGGAGAUCGUGUUCCUCAGCCAGGAAGAGCAGAUAGCCGAGGUAUUAGCCCGGAAAGAAAGUGACAAUUACAAGAAUUCCCGCUUUAAAUGCGAAGAAUGCUUUAAAGGGUUCACUGGAGAGGCAGCGUUUAAUAACCACAAAGCCAUACAUGACCCGAGCGUCGGCAGCUACGUGUGCGAGGCGUGCCACUUUCGGUUCCCGAAGCGAUAUAAACUACUGCACCAUAUGACACAACACAAGACCAACUUCAUAUGCCGCCUCUGUGGGCACAUCAGCAAGCUGGCAUCAAAAGCAAUCGAGCAUUUCAAAUGGCACAACGGUGUGAAAUAUCCCUGUCACUACUGCGACAGAAUAUUCAUUAAACGCACUUCGCAGUUCAACCACAUGCGUAACCGACACGGGUCGGCCGCCUGCGACAUAUGCCAGGAGAUAUUCUCCGGGCAGCGGGGGUUACUGGCACACAUGCAGAAGGCACACAAAGAGGCGGUGAAGUCCCGCUGCGAAGGGUGCGGCGUCCAGUUCCAUACAGAGUCCGCCUUCGCCCGACACCUGGAGACCUUAGAAGAUGGAGAGUGUAGCGAGUACGUUAAAGCGUGCGCGGAAUGCGGGGAGAACUAUACCAGUGAGGAUCAACUCAACGACCACAUGAAGAUGGUGCAUUGGAAGGAGAUCAAAUGUGAAAAGUGCAACGCGAACUUCGAGAACGAGAAACUGUACAGGAUGCACCGCGUGAUCCACAAGGAGGUGCGCACACGCAGCGCGCGCGACCCCACCGCCAAGAAGACCGGCAAGAUGAAGAAGGCCAAGUGCAAGAACAAGAUACAGAAGAGGAUGUGUGAGAUGUGUGGCCUCACGUGGCGGAGCUCAGCGGCGCUGAAGUACCACCAGCGAGUCCACACGGGGGAGAAGCCCCACCAGUGUCCGAUGUGCCCGAAGAGCUUCCGGAUACAGGAUUCGCUACAGAUUCAUAUGAACACGCACACGGGCGCGCGCCCGUUCAAGUGCCCGCACUGCCCGAAGGCCUUCAAGUCACGCACACAGAACCACAAACAUCAACUGGUCCACACUAAGAUCCGCCGCUACCGCUGCGAGCUGUGCGACAAAACGUUCCAGACGUCCACGUGCGUCAAGACGCACAUCAGGACGGUGCACAUGAAGCUGCCCGCGCCGCCGCGGGUGCGCCGCCACCCACACCAGAUACCUCAACAUGGCUACCUCCAUCACCACAUCACCAGCGAACCCCCCAAGGACAACUCCGCGUGAACUUGAAUUUUAUUA